GAGAGGAGAGACAAGAAAUCAGAGAGUAUGAAGGUAGAGGAGUGUGGGUCGGAGGUGUAGAAGAUAGGGAGGAGGUGUGGGAGAAGAAGGGAGGCAAUCGGUGGGGGAGGAAGGAGGAGAGAAACUGCGGAGUUCAGUCACUUCCGCAAUCUGCACCAUGUGAGCUACCGGGACUGAAGUCUAUUUGCUCCUCUUUGGACCUCGCAUCCUACGGGAUAAAGCAGCAGCCCGCCAGAGCCGAGGCUUUCAUCCGCCAGAGGAAGCGAGAUCCAGCGAUAGAGAGAGGCCAGAGUCCGGGGAGGAGACAUCACAUUUCGGGGUCUCCCAGCGGCUGAAGGAACAGACAGUCCCCGAAAGAGAGCGCAGAUCAGCCGGGAAAAUGACUGCAGACGUGGCGGUGUCUCUGUCUUUGCUCGCAGGGAUCGUCGCGCUGAGCGACAUAACCCGCAAAUUGUUGUCCAGGGCCCUCGCGGACACCGGGCUCUCGGUGUACGCGGUGGAGCUCGUGUCCACCUUCCAGCUGUGCUGCUGCACGCACGAGCUUAAGCUGCUGUCCGAGGUGGGCGGGAUCGAGACUCGACUCGCGCUCACUUUGACGUACCUGGCGUCCGUGGUCCACGGGCUCACCUUCAGCGGGGCUAUCGGCAACCCCUCCGGGACGCUUGAGCAAGCUUACCGCGCGAGGUUCUCGGGCGGUUGCGCCCUGGCGCGGAUCGCGUGCCAGUUUGCUGCGGCCGCCGCUGCACAAGCCGCGGUGCCGGUGAUCUGGGGUAUUGGGUUGUCGGGACUGCACGUGCGACACAAGCUGCACGAUUACCGGUGCAUCAGCCCCAUUCAUGCUCCGCUGCCCGAGGCUGCAGCUGUGGAGCUCGCAUGCGCCUUUGCGGUUCAGACUGCUAUAACCCACACGCGAUCGGUGGAGGAGAAAUACCGCGUGCACGCGGUAGCUGCGGUCAUCGCAGCAGUGGUUUAUGCAGGUGGAAGCGUGACAGGAGCUGUGUUUAACCCUGCGUUGGCCUUCUCCACACAGUUUCGCUGCAGUGGAAACUCCUUCCUGGAGUAUUCUCUGGUCUACUGGCUGAGCCCGCUGCUGGGUAUGAUGAGCUCAGUGCUGCUGUUUGAUCAACUCAUCCCCCUGCUGUCGAUAAAAUCAUCGGCUCUCCAUCUCCCCCUGGAGACCAAGAAGAGGGCAUGAACAUCGCCGGCCUGGCAGCAUUUCAAACCCAGAGCAUAUGUGGGGAUGUUGUUACCGAUACACUGUUAACCCGCUGCUGAUUUCAGUCGCCACGAGUUAGAAAAAAAUUAACAGCACUGAUUUGCACUUUUUCUAAAGACUUCAAGAGCACACCUUAGAAGCUAGAAAAGAAAACUAAAUACUCGAAUUAUAGUGUUUUUGUAAGAUAGAUCUCCUAAAGAAGGCAUGCAGAAAUUGAUGGACCAUUUUUCUUGACUUUACGAGGUGGUUGGUAGAACACUAAAAGUCAUUGCGAUGUUUGAGUUCUUUUGAAAUUAAAACCUUUUAGGCACUUGAACACUUUGUUUUUUUUGGAUCACCACCUCAGAGCCAACAUCAACUGUUCCAAAUGCACACUGUAAAUGUCAAAUGUCUGUCCCUAGUAUAUCUACCAUUAUAACUAACAAAAGAAGGUUUGCCUUGUACUUGCAUGACUUUUAGGCAGAUUACAGCAUGUCAGUGUGAAAUUCUGCAACAAAGUGUUGUAUUUACAAUAAGUUGCCAAGUUUUUUGUGUAAUAGAACAAUUCACUUUAGCUAAUUCACUAAUUAAUCAACAUUUAUGAUGGAAAUAUAUUUAAAAUGUUCUAACUUAAGUAUGAAAGUUACAAAGUGCUUAACAGAAAAAUGAUUACUGUUUGUACCUGAUGUGACAUUCCAGAGCCAAGCACAUUGUAGGAAUGUACUGUACUCAUGUCUUGGUUAGCUCUGCACAGAUUUAACUGGUGCCUUUGUAUUCUCUGUAAAAAAUGGAAAGGCAGAUUAAAUUACUGUUUUGUCAGACCCCA